CUAGCGCUCUGGGCAUUUCGCACGUCCAGAUCGAUCUCUAUUAUCCAGGGGCAUUUGAUAAAUUCCACUUUACUCUCCUAUCGAGACUGCUCCCUACAUCGAUCGCUGAGACCAUCGCAAUGGGAAGGAGGAACAAGUCGCACCGAGGCGCCAAAAAGGAUACACUACGAGACGCUGCGUACUAUGAAUCGCUCUAUACAGAUGACCUAACCCCAGCAUUGCGCCCUAUCACAGACGCGACAGAAAGAGGAGUCCGCUCUAUAUGGGGGAAGUGGACAGAAUAUGUAAUAAUGGCUAAGGUUUACCAAGUUCUUAACUCACUGUCCAUAACUCUGGCUAGAUAUUGUUCGCUCCGAAUCCUUGACCCCGAUGCUCUUACCCGCCUGCAGAAUAUUAGCGUGGCCGAGAUCCAACGGUUCAUGCAUUGGUAUCUCGACAGUCAUGCCAUGACGAAGCUGAGUUCCUUGUAUGUGCUGAUGCGUUACUGGCUGAUGAUGUAUGCUCGGAAGUUGUACCAACGGCUUGACCUUGUCCUCGUUUCGGAUAUGAAAGAUUUCAUUGGCACCGUCCUCAAAGGCGAGUAUAGUUUGAGUGAAGGCAUGAAAGACAACCCUGUCACGAAUGUGGAUGAUGUAUACUUACUACUAUAUCACCACUACGCACUGUCGAACGAAUACUAUGCGCAUGAGCGCGAACGGGUUCAGCAUAGUUUGAUCAUUCUCUUUAUGAUAGGCACCUCUGCCAGGCCAUCAACGCUCGUUGAACGAGGGGGCUACUACAACACGAAUGAAUGCCUGAAGUACAUGGAUAUUGAGAUAUUUAAGGUUAGGAAUCCGGAGCUUCCCUCUCAACAAGUCUUUAUUAUGAGAGUCAGGCUCCGGCUUCUCAAAGGCAAAAGGGACAAGGGCCUGCCGAUUAAGGUGGUGUUUUGUGUGCGAGAUGAUAAUCUCGCAUUUUGCACCAUUCUGCAAGUUUUAAGCCUCGCCUUUGCAGAUAACGCAUUCGAAAGCGACUGGAUCAAGCGGCCUAAGGACUUGUAUACGUUUUCAGUCCCAUUUCACCUGCAAAGUGUGCAGCUACAUUGGAAAGAGUCAAUGCAGGACAUUCCGAUUUUCCGACGAUCUGUUGCUCGCGGCGGGGAGGUGGCCAUAUCACCAGAUAGGUCGGUUCAAUAUAUGACUCCCUGUUACCAGAAUGCGCGACUUGGUAAAUCUGCUGGCAUUGCGGAUACUCUGGGGCUAUACAGCUAUCAUAGAGGUGCCGGUGAAUCGAUUGAUUGUAAGUGCACAAUUUCACUUCUGUGUACAUUCCCACGCCGGCAGUUCUCUUGCGUAGCGGGUUCGGAUAUGCGGAGCUUUGUCAUGGGCCAUGCUCGUGCAAGUCUCUUUGAGCGAUAUUACCGCAAUAGCGUUGUCCAGUUCGACUCGGUAUCCGCAUUCCUUGAAGUGCCUUCUAAAGAUGCGCUUAUCAAACUGGCUGGGCACAUGAGCUUGACCCGAGAUCCCUCCGCGGCCGAUUCGAUAAAAGUCGAGAACUCAGCAAUUGACCGCGACCGUAGUAUCCAACAAAUCCAAAAGUUGUGCCUUCAGCUUCGGAAAAAUCCAACUGAAACUUUCGGAAAGAUCAAGAACGGAGCAGGGACAGAGCUCUACGAGAAGUACCAGAGCGAGCAAAGACAUUUACGCAACGAGAGGAUGAGGCUGAAGAGAGAACUUGAGGAAGAAGCCCGGCGACAAUAUUUUAGGACAGCGGGGACUAGGUACAUUGAUGAACAGCGACGCGGCAUCGCUCGUGAGUAUAUAGAGCCUAAACCUGUGUUCCAAUUCGAGGAAAGGGAGAGACUGGCAGCGCUCCUCUUCCAGAACCGAGAUGUUAGGGAAGUGUCUGAGGAAGAGCUAUAUACACAACGCAUAGCAGCGAUGGACAACCUGAUUAACCUAUGCGGUCGGCAUAUGACCCGCCCUGCGCCGCGUCGUCAUCUCUCGUUGCGAGACAAGUCUCUAGAAGAGGUCUCUGAGGAGAAAGACGUGGACCCUGACCUCUUCCCCUUGGUGUGUCCGGGCACGCAAUGCCUGUUCUGUCUCGGUAAUCAAGGUCUAGGCCCGCAGUCCAGAACAUUCGCGUUCUCUUGAAAGGAUGUUCUGAAGGACCACGUUGAGAAGCAUCUGCGCCACCACGAUUGGUCGAAAGAGCCGGAAUGUCCUCACCCGCUCUGCGAGGAGGCGUUGAGCUCCGAAAUGCGCUUUAAGAACCAUGCGGCCCGGAUUCACAACAUUUUCUAUUAGAUAU